UGUGGAGACUAUUUCAGGAGUUAGGAUUUGCAUCUGAGUUCAUUGCCCCUGUAACCUGUCAAAGAAGAGCUAAGGGAGCUUUCGAGGUUGGCUUCUUGGAGGCUGCUUUCUCCUUUACUUGGAAGGCUUCGCUAGUGAUGGACCCAUACGUGAUUCAGAUGAGCAGCAAAGGCAACCUCCCCUCAAUUCUGGACGUGCAUGUCAACGUUGGUGGGAGAAGCUCUGUGCCGGGAAAAAUGAAAGGCAGAAAGGCCAGGUGGUCUGUGAGGCCCUCAGACAUGGCCAAGAAAACUUUCAACCCCAUCCGAGCCAUUGUGGACAACAUGAAGGUGAAACCAAAUCCAAACAAAACCAUGAUUUCCCUGUCCAUUGGGGACCCUACUGUGUUUGGAAACCUGCCUACAGACCCUGAAGUUACCCAGGCAAUGAAAGAUGCUCUAGACUCGGGCAAAUAUAAUGGCUAUGCCCCAUCCAUCGGCUUCCUAUCCAGUCGGGAGGAGAUUGCUUCUUAUUACCACUGUCCUGAGGCACCCCUAGAAGCUAAGGACGUCAUUCUGACAAGUGGCUGCAGUCAAGCUAUUGACCUUUGUUUAGCUGUGUUGGCCAACCCAGGGCAAAACAUCCUGGUUCCAAGACCUGGUUUCUCUCUCUACAAGACUCUGGCUGAGUCUAUGGGAAUUGAGGUCAAACUCUACAAUUUGUUGCCAGAGAAAUCUUGGGAAAUUGACCUGAAACAACUGGAAUCUCUAAUUGAUGAAAAGACAGCUUGUCUCAUUGUCAAUAAUCCAUCAAACCCCUGUGGGUCAGUGUUCAGCAAACGUCAUCUUCAGAAGAUUCUGGCAGUGGCUGCACGGCAGUGUGUCCCCAUCUUAGCUGAUGAGAUCUAUGGAGACAUGGUGUUUUCGGAUUGCAAAUAUGAACCAUUGGCCACCCUCAGCACCGAUGUCCCCAUCUUGUCCUGUGGAGGGCUGGCCAAGCGCUGGCUGGUUCCUGGCUGGAGGUUGGGCUGGAUCCUCAUUCAUGACCGAAGAGACAUUUUUGGCAAUGAGAUCCGAGAUGGGCUGGUGAAGCUGAGUCAGCGCAUUUUGGGACCCUGUACCAUUGUCCAGGGAGCUCUGAAAAGCAUCCUAUGUCGCACCCCGGGAGAGUUUUACCACAACACUCUGAGCUUCCUCAAGUCCAAUGCUGAUCUCUGUUAUGGGGCGUUGGCUGCCAUCCCUGGACUCCGGCCAGUCCGCCCUUCUGGGGCUAUGUACCUCAUGGUUGGAAUUGAGAUGGAACAUUUCCCAGAAUUUGAGAACGAUGUGGAGUUCACGGAGCGGUUAGUUGCUGAGCAGUCUGUCCACUGCCUCCCAGCAACGUGCUUUGAGUACCCGAAUUUCAUCCGAGUGGUCAUCACAGUCCCCGAGGUGAUGAUGCUGGAGGCGUGCAGCCGGAUCCAGGAGUUCUGUGAGCAGCACUACCAUUGUGCUGAAGGCAGCCAGGAGGAGUGUGAUAAAUAGGCCUGCAUCCAUUCUCCUGAGGAUGUGUCCCAUCUAGGGAAGGCUGGACUAGGCCUUGCGGCUCCUCAGGGACUCAGGUGGCCCUACUGGGAGAGGGGCCUCAAAUGCACCAUGUCGAGGGUUCAAGAUUGUUCCUGCUUUUCCCCAAGUACAACCACACCCACACUCAGAUCCUCUUCAUUCACAUCGCAGAUUCUCCCUUGCUCUGCGCUGCUAGAGUGACUCACUAAUUCAUUAAUCUGCCUCCCUCUCGUAAGAUUUCCUUCUUUUUUUCUUGAAAGUACCAGGUGAACAAAGUUUACCAGAAAGCAGUUGAGACAAGAAAAUAAGAGCUCAGGAUGAGGGAAAAGAAAAAGAUUGAGAGAAUUUGUGCCCCCAACCAUUUCGUCAGACUCUAAGAAAGAACACGCUCUCUCCAGGCAGGUCUGAAGCUCAACUCUCUUAUUGCCUCACUUCAGGUAUACCUCACUUUACACAAUAGAAUUAUAACUGGAAAGAAGUUGGGGACACAUGUAUUUGGUAAUUACAUUUUAAACACAUUAGGAAAAGUUGCUAUUUGAACUUUUUAUUGAUUUUUGGGGGGAGUAAAGAAUUAUUUUGUGAUGCAAAUAAAUAUCCUUUAAUUGAUCGACUUCCCAAAUUUAGAUUUGUGUGCAUCAGGCUUUCUUUUUUUUCUUUUUUAAGAGAAGUUCAAUAUAAGCUUUUCUUUUCUUUGUUUCUUUCUUUCUUUAUUUUGAGAUGGAGUCUUGCUCUGUCGCCCAUGCUGGAGUGCAGUGGCACGAUCUCGGCUCACUGCAACCUCCACCUCCCAGGUUCAAGCGAUUCUCUUGCCUCAACCUCCCAAGCAGUUGGGACUACAGGCGUGUGCCACCAUGCCCGGCUAAUUUUUGUAUUUUUAGUAGAGACAGGGUUUCACCAUGUUAGCCAGGCUGGUCUCAAACUCCUGACCUCAGGCAAUCUGCCCGCCCGGGUCUCCUAAAGUACUGGGAUUACAGGCAUGAGCCACCAAGCCCAGCGGCAUCAGGCUUUCUUAAAGUGAGAGCACGUCUGUACUAGAGCAAGCAGGAAUCAGAGACCUUCCAGAAAUACUACUGUGUAAGGGCCAGAAAUAUCUUCACUUGUCAUUGUUAUAUAAUCAUUAUUACUUUUGCUGUAAUGUUAAUAUUGAUUUAUUAAUAUAUAUUAUCUUUUCAUACAUUUUCUAAGAAACAUUUAUAUUGAUAAGAUCUUUUAUUUUGCCAAGGGCAUAAAUUAUUGUUUUUCUUUUUUUUUUUUUAAUAAAUUUUACCAAGUAUG